AAUAGGGGUCUCUGUGGUGCCCUAGCUGCUCCUGCCCACUCCCUGCUUUGUGCGUACGGGUGGUACCAGGCCCUGGACACCUGCCGGGCACCACAAUGGCCUCUCUCCGCUCGCUGUGGACAGGGCUGGUACUGCUGGGGGUGCUAGGGGUGCUGGGGGUCCUGCAGACCGGAGCCCAGGCCCAGGCCUCCAUGCAGUCCGACUUCCAAGAGGACAAGUUCAUGGGGCGCUGGUUCAGCGCGGGCCUCGCCUCCAACUCGAGCUGGUUCCGGGAGAAGAAGGCGACGAUGUCCAUGUGCUCCACUGUGGUCGCCCCCAGCGCCGACGGCGGCCUCAAUCUCACCUCCACCUUCCUAAGGAAGGACCAGUGUGAGACCCGGACCAUGCAUCUGCGGCCCACGGGGACCCCUGGCUCCUACAGCUACCACAGUCCUCGCUGGGGCCGCACCUCCUUGGUGUCUGUGGUGGAGAUCAACUACAGUGAGUAUGCACUGGUGGACACCAAGGGCAUCGACCAUGACUUCCACAUGGCCACACUCUAUAGCCGCACCCAGACCCCGCGGGCUGAACUGAAGGAGAAAUUCUCUGCCUUCUGCGAGGCCCAGGGCUUCACAGAGGACAUCAUUGUCUUCCUGCCGAAAACAGAUAAGUGCCUGAAGGAAGAGGAGUAGGUGGUCCAGCCCUCAGGACUCCUCUGCUCCACACCUUCCUCCGAGACCCUCGCCUGAGCUCCCCAAAGCCUCUGCACCUCCCACUUUACCCCAGAUCCGAGAAAUAAAUGGAAGCAAAUCAGA